AUGCUUACACAAACUCCGCCCGGGUUCCCCCUUACCCUCCAUAACAAGCCCUAUCCUGGCACAUCGCCCACACGGCCAGAGGUCUCACAAACUGGCCGCACCGCCCUUGUUUGUGGUGCCUCUACCGGUAUUGGGCGUGCCAUUGCUCGAAAUUUCUGUGCUGCAAAGGCCGCGCGCGUUAUUAUUACCGCUCGCCGCCCCGAUGUGCUUGCCAGCACUGUAAAGGAGCUUGCAGCCGCUCAUCCCGACACAGAGGUCAUUGGAAAAGUAUCUGACGUCCUAGAUCUCAAGGCUGCUGCCAGCUUGUGGGAUGGCUUGCACGCCGAAGGAACGAAUGUCGAUGUGCUGGUGUGGAACGCCGUUGGCCAUCCGGAACUCAAGCCUCUAAUAGAGCAGGGCAGUGAGAGAUUGUGGCAGGAUUUCGAAAAUAACCUGCACUGUCCCCUUUAUUUUGUUAACAGAUUCUAUCACCAGCCAAACCACAACAGUCAGAAACACUUCCUCUUCGUUUCUACCCAAGAUAUCCACAACUGGGGCAGCGCGCCGCAAAUGCCGGGUUACCAGUUGGUGAAGAGUGCAUGCACUGCAACAAUGCAACAAAUCGCUCGAGAUAUCCCCGCAGAAGACAUGCAGAUGCUAAGCUUUCAUCCAUCCACCGUCUUCACAGAGGCUGCGAAAAUGGCUGGAUAUGACGAGAACACCCUGCCGUGGGUUGAUGAGAAUGUGCCUGGUCAAUUCGCAGUUUGGGCGGCAUCUUCAGAGGCUAAGUUCCUCCACGGACGCUUCGUUUGGGCAACUUGGGACGUAAAUGAGCUGACGUCGGGGGAUAUUCGAAAGAAGAUUGACGAGGAUCCAUGGUUCCUCAAGGUCGGUGUUAAGGGUUUGUGA